GUCCUGGACGCACAACAUGGGAGGAAGACGUCGCCUCGUGGUGGCGCUCGUGCUAGUGCUGCACGUUGGCCUCGCGGUCAGCAAAGCUCUUCCAGACGUGUCAGAACAGCUGACGCCGCCGCAAGAAACAGCGGCCGCGCCUCUGUACGGUGAUUAUCAACAGCCACAACAGCAGCAACAACAGGCCGCAGUCCCAGAGUUGCAAAGGAGGUAUGACCCUCAUGAGGAGGAACACCACCAUCAUCAUGAGGAGCAUCACAAGGGCUACUGGAAAAAGAAGCUGAUCUGGAAGCCAGACUGGGUCAAGAUCUGGAAACCGGCCAAGAAACAGAUCUGGAAGCAAGGCUGGAAGAAAAUCUGGAAACCCAUCUGGGUGCCAACGAAGAAAGCUGCGUGGAAGGAGUACCAAGUUCCCGAAUGGAAGAAGUACUGGAAACCAAUCUGGGUACAGAUCAAGGUCCCAGUUUGGAAGGAAUAUCAAGUUCCCGACUGGAAGAAAAUCUGGAAACCAAUCUGGGUCGAGAUCAAGGUCCCCGCAUGGAAAGAAAUCCAGGUACCCGACUGGAAGAAGGUUUACAAGCCAGUCUGGAAACACAUCGAGGUCCCCGCAUGGAAAGAGAUCCAAGUGCCCGAUUGGAAGAAGAUCGUCGUACCUAAGCUUAUCAAGGUCGGUAUCCCCGGUGAAAAGCACUUAGGAAAGGACGAACACGGAUGGGAAUACACCAGCCACGAUCUUUGGAAGAAGAAGGUAAUUUGGGAAACCCACUGGAAGAAGAUUUGGAGAACCGAGAAGAAACAGAUCUGGGUGCCAUCAAAGAAACUAGUCUGGAAAGAAGAAUGGAAACAGAUCUGGAGAACCGAGAAGAAACAGAUCUGGGUGCCCUCGAAGAAGCUCGAAUGGAAGGCUGAAUGGAAGCAAAUUUGGAAGCCCGCUAAGAAACUGAUCUGGGUGCCCGACAAGAAACUCGAAUGGAAGGAAGAGUGGAAACAGAUCUGGAGAACUGAGAAGAAGCAAAUUUGGAUCCCUGACAAGAAACUGGAGUGGAAGGAAGACUGGAAAGAAAUCCAAGUUCCUGCAUGGAAAACUAUCUGGGUACCUGCGUGGAAGAAGGUAUGGAAGCCAGUAUGGAUCAGCGAAUGGAUCAUCAUCCAAGAGGAGCACCAUCCACACCACGAGGAGCACGGAUGGGACCGCAAGGACAGUGGAGUUGCUGAGUCCAAGCAGAUCGGAGUCGGAGUUGCGCUGAACCAACAGACGCAGCAGCUGCAGCAACGACAGCUUCAGCAACAACAGCUUCAGCAACAACCGUUGCUUCAGCAACAGCCACUGCCUCAGCAACGACAAAUCCCCGUGUCAUUUCCCCAGCAGUAGCACCCCCGACUGAUCCCCCGGGUGCCACCCUACCUCGCGUUGCCAAACCCUGUCCCUUCCUUCUCAAAACUCCACAAGUACAAACCAAACGUGUCUGUAUAGUAUUAAACGUCUGAGCGAUUUUACGUUCAGACACUGUAUAUAUAAAGUGUUGUUAUAUAUUAUGUGUUGUUAGUUAAUUUUUAUUCGUUACUCUGUUGUAAAUACGAAAUAAACUUUUUGUUACUAAACAGAA